GCCGCCGCGAGAGGACGUCGCUGUUCAAAAUCGAUUUUUUUUAAAUAUAUAAUAUCCCGAUAUAGAUUCAUAGUUUUAAAAAAAAUACCCAUUCGUGUAAAUUUUUUUCAGUUCCGGAUUCAGAGCGAUAUACAGCGUAAAUUGCAUAAAUUUUUCUCUACUUUACGUCACUGAAAGAAUUCUAUUUUCUUCUCUGUUUUUUCAUUCAUAAUUGGUCUUUUCUUCCAAACGGUCAUCGGACUUUUUCCCUAAAAUCGUUAUUCGGUAUAUUUGACAAUACCGAUACCAAGUGUCGACGACUUUUUUUGUACCGUUUUUUCCUCUUUUCAAACGAAAGUUUAAAUUAAAUCAUAGCAAACGAGAACAAAGGAUCAUGGCUAUAAAAAACGAUAAGUGGCAUACGGAGAUGACGUGACGGUAUUGGGAUGUACAAGUUUAUAACCAGCGAGUAAUUAUGACGGCUGCGCGGGUGCCUGUACGGUUCGAGAAAAGUCAAUUUUUUUCGAUUAUUAAUGGGAUAUGAGAAACUGGCGACGCUUUGAUCAACACAGCUUGGUGGUCUGCAACUGAAAAUCGGAAAUAAUUACAAAUCGAUAUAAAUCUGCGGCUGGUGCAGGAUCAAUAAUAUUUAAAUCGAUUAAUUAAUACGAUGAUGACCUAAUAUGUACCGCGGCUGUGAUCAUUGAUGCGUCGAUGCGCGGGAUAAUAAUCGACCGAUCUUAUAACAGCUGCAAUUAUGGGAAGUGAAACACCGGUCGGCGGGGAUAAUAACAAUUUCACAAGUUAUAAUUAUAAUCACUGGAAUUAUUCGGAUCCCGUCAAAACUACUAGCGAAUCGAAUUCCCCCACGGAAAGUAAUGCGGAAUACUAUACACCCAGUUGGAUUGAUUUAUUACAGGCUGUUGUUUUCUCCGUACUCAUCGUUGUUACAAUUGUGGGAAACACCUUGGUUAUAGCAGCUGUGAUAACGACCCGUCGUCUCAGAUCGGUUACCAAUUGUUUCGUAUCCAGUUUGGCAGCUGCCGAUCUCUUAGUUGGUUUGGCGGUAAUGCCACCUGCAAUUUUACUACAGCUAAACGGAGGGUCCUGGGAGCUGGGAGAAAUCUUAUGCGAUUCUUGGGUCUCUCUUGACGUCCUUCUUUGCACUGCGAGUAUUUUAUCCCUUUGCGCCAUAUCGAUCGACAGAUACCUCGCCGUGACGCAGCCUUUGGUAUACAGCAGGCGUAGACGGAGCAAAAGACUCGCUGGUUCGAUGAUAAUAGUCGUCUGGAUUUUGGCUGGGUCUAUCGCAAGCCUUCCAAUGCUCGGUUGUUUCCCGAACGCCCAGAAUACGAACGAAAAAAUUUGUACUUAUAACAUGGACACCUCGUACGUUAUCUUCUCGGCGAUGGGAUCAUUCUUUUUACCAAUGUUGGUCAUGCUGUACGUAUACGCAAGGAUAUCCUGCGUCAUCGCCAGGAGGCACAGAAACCUUGAGACAAAUAACUCCGAGCCCUUAAAUCGGAAGAUCGUCGGUCAACGAGAGCGUUCGAGGAGCGUAAGAUCGAAAAGAUCCGAGAGUUCGGCAGCGCUUGAGAGGAGGAGCAGUCCAUGUGAUCAGAUAGUAGACGAUCACGUUGAACACGCGGGUAAUUCGGGUAAAAAAAUGGGCUUCAGAAGUCAUCAGCAGAGCUGUAUAAACAGGGUGGCAAGAGAGACGAAAACUGCUGGUACAUUGGCGGUCGUUGUUGGUGGAUUCGUCGCCUGUUGGCUUCCAUUCUUCAUUCUUUACCUCGCGACUCCCUUUAUGCCAAAGAGUCCACCCAGCACCCUCAUGCCGGCGCUCACAUGGCUUGGUUGGAUAAACUCUGCGAUAAAUCCAUUCAUCUACGCCUUCUACUCCGCUGACUUCAGACUGGCAUUUUGGCGUUUGACUUGUCGAAAAUUUUGCAGAGGUCGUGGAGGCGUUCCAAUGCAGAUCCACCAAGGCCAUCACAUACCACCCGUUCCAACGAGUGGAAGAAUUAAUAACGAAGCCUCAAGAACGUAGGAAAAAAAUACCCAUUGGUGGAAAAAAAUCAAACAAAUUAAUCAGUUCUUAAUUUGAGAUUAUGACGCUGCAAAUGUACUAUGUGCAAUAAUUUAUCUCUCAUUCAUGAAAAUUUAUCAACUAUUCAUUUUUCUAUCAUAUAGCUUUAUACAUGAACAAAGAGCUCAGAUCAAAGAAUAUUCAUUAUUUAUAUUGCACUUAUUAUUAAAUUAGGGACGAAACUUUUUAAUGACUUGCGACAAUCGAAGGAUGGAUGAAAAUUCAAGACGAAACUGGUAAACUUGGUAUGGUUAUAAAUAGUUAAGUGCAAUUUUUUACUCUAGUCAAUCUAGUCAAGAUCGUCACUUUCACUUCACUCUCAACCCCUUUAUUAGAUGUCAUACUUUACAACAAUAAAGUACAAGCCUACAUUGUCAAGAAGCAGAGCCGGAAAUCUGGAUAAACGUUUUUUACGAGAGCUCAUUCUACACAGGGGAUUCCUAUACAUUAUCCGGCUUUUGUUGAAACUUUUUUUUACUUUGUAUUCAAAGCAAUAUUACAUUUUUCAUCGACAAUAUUUCCCGUGUGCGAUUCCCAUUUAUUUGUAAUAAAAGUAAAAAUACAACGUUGUACCUAUACCUAUGCUGCAUGGUUGAGUAGUGUGAGUUAGAAAUCAGGAAAUGUGAGAUAAAUACUGUAGAUGAUAGUCAUUAUACUGACAAAAAGUAGGCGUCUUAUUGUAGCGAUAUAAUUUUUUUUUCUUCUUCCCUGGAGUGAAUUCUUGAGUCAGUGCAAUCAAGUAGACAUUGCGGAGCAAAAUGCAGUGCUUCCAAAAAUUAAAAGAAAAAGUUAGACAAAGUUCGAAAAAGUCGUGCGGUAAAAAAAGCGCUCCAUUUCGGCGACUAGGACCCGAGUUUGAUCAAAACACCGAAGUUACAAUGAUUUGAGAUUCAAAUGAAUUGAAGGGGAAAACGGGUUCUGGAAUAUUUUCAAGGAGCUAGAAUAUAUUUCUGUAGAGUUUUGUAAAUGACGUAGGGCUUUUGAUAAGGGUCACCAUUCCACCCCGGUCUAUAAUAUCACUAUUGUGUAUGGAUAUAAACGAUGUUCUGAAUUUUAUGCGGUAGAUGAUCGAUUAUCAUUGUAUUUUAUAAUAGUUUAUGGAUAUUAUGUGUGUAACAAAACUUGCCAAUCCACGCAUUGUAAUGUAUAUCAAAUUAAAUAAUUGUACAGAGAUAAA